GACGAACGACGUUUCGACGUUGCGCUGCCAUUACUGGCGGACGACGAUGACGAGGCCUAGUGCCCUCCUCAUUAAAUUACUUGGUAUUCUAGUUGUAUUAAUUUACACGUGUCAAAAUGCUGAUUGUACUAAAAUAAAUAAACACAGCGAUGAUACAUUGCGCGGUGCUAAAGAUAAUAUUCAAUCGAGUAAGACAGUGUCAACUGGACAGCAUCAUCAGGGAAGAGAUACUGAACCGGUUAUUGAGGAGGUCAACGCUAAACAACUCGAGCGCAUACUCAAUGACAAGGACUUUGUUGCUGUUUAUUGGUAUGCGAGAAGUUGUACGACGUGUGACAAAGUUCUUGCCGAGCUCGAGAAAAUCGACGACGACACUGAUACAUUCGGUGUUGACUUUGUCAAAAUUAAUGACAAACGUUUGGCGAAACAGUAUGGCAUCAAGAAUUUCCCAGCACUCACCUACUUCAGGGAGAAAGAGCCAAUCAUCUACGAAGGUGACUUGAUGGACGAGGAAAGUGUCUUGGACUUCCUUACGAGCCUCGAGGCGAUGGAUCUCCCGGACAGAAUCGAAGAAGUCAAUGCCAAAAUCCUCGGAAAAAUUGUAGAGGACACGGAGUUCGUUGCUGUACUCUUCUGUCCAAAUACGGAGCGGUGCACGGGUAGCGGUUCCAACAAACCCGACUGUAAGAAGUGCGCAAAGGCCUUGCAAGAGUUGGAGAACAUCGACGAUGAGGCAGAUCAGCUGGGAAUUGGAUUCGUCAAGAUUGCGGACGAAGAACUAGCGGAGGAGUACAAUCUAGGAACACUUCCGGCUCUGGUGUAUUAUCGGCAUCAGAUACCGAUCAUCUAUGAGCAUGAACUGAGCAAAGAGGAAGACGUCCUCGAAUGGUUGGUCUCCAACAAAAGUACUGGAGAUGAGGAAGAUGUUAUUGAGGACGUGACAGCUAAAACCCUCAACACUCUCAUCGGAAACAUGGACAAUCUCGUCGUCCUCUUCUACGACCACGGUGAUGAUGACUCGAUGCAGGUGCUCACAGAGCUCGAGAAGAUCGAUGAUGAUCUUGACAAGCAUGGAAUUCAAUUCGUCAAGAUUGAUGAUGACAAAGCAGCAAAGGACUUCGGCAUCGAUAGUGUGCCUGCAAUCGUCUACUUCGAACGACAAAUUCCAAACGUUUAUGAUGGUGAUGUUGAGAAUGAGGAUGAAAUUCUCGAGUGGCUACUUUCUCAGUUGGAAAAGGAUGAGAUCGAGGAUGUCACUGAUGAAAUGUUGGAUCGUCUUGUUAAGGAAGGAAAGACCAUUGCAGUACUUUUUUAUGAUAACAAUGAUCGUAAGUCCCAGCGAGUGCUUAACGAACUAGAAAACAUCGACGAUGAGUGUGAUCAGCUCGGCAUAGUCUUCGUCAAGAUCGAUAACGCUGAAGAGGCAGAAGAAUACGGAAUUGAAAAGAUACCGACACUCAUCUACUUCGAGAAGGGAAUCCCCACGAUUUAUGAAGGUAACCUCGAGGAUGAGGAGAAGGUACUCAAGUGGCUGGAGCAGCAGCAAGCGUCCGACCAGAUCGAGGACAUCACUGAUGAGAUGCUGGAUAUGGUCAUUCAGAAAAUGCCACAUGUUGCUGUUCUAUUCUAUGAUAAGAAUCAGAAGAAGAGUCAGAAAAUUGUGACUGAACUAGAGAACAUUGAUGAUGACUGUGAUGAACAUGACAUUGCAUUUGUGAAAAUUGACGAUGAUGAGGAAGCUAAGGAGUAUGGAAUUGAUACACUGCCUGCUCUUGUUUUGUUUGAGAGGGGAAUUCCUCAUUUGUAUGAUGGUGAUUUAAUGAAUGAAGAUCAACUUUUGGGUUGGCUUCUUCACCAGAAAAAGCACCGUGAGAUCCCUGAAGUCACAGACGAAAUGAUGGAGAAGCUCAUCGAGAACACAGAGUACCUUGCUGUUCUGUUUUAUGAUAAGGAGGACAAACAGAAUAUGAGGAUCUUGAAUGAAUUAGAGAACAUUGACGAUGAACUUGAAAAAGAGGGCAUCGUCAUUCUGAGGAUUGAUAAUGACGCGGAGGCCAAAGAAUACGGCAUCGAUCAUCUUCCGACGUUGAUCUACUUCGAGGACAAAAUCCCAGCGAUUUACGAGGGAGAUUUGCUGAACGAGGAUGAUGUCCUUGAAUGGCUGAUUGAGCAGAAGAAUACGGCGACAAUUGAGGAGGUCACUGAUGAAAUCCUUACAGAUCUGAUUGAAGAACACGAAUACGUCGUUGUCUUCUUCAGUGGUCGUUGCGAUGAAGGAGGUGAAUGCGAAACUGUCUUGAAAGAGCUGGAAAACAUUGAUGACGAACUAGAUGAAACUGGCAUCAUCUUCGUUACAACCGAGGAUCUCGGAGUAGCAAAAAAACACGGAAUCAAGCCCCUCCCGGCACUCGCAUUCUUUAGAAAUAAGGAGCCACUAGUCUACAGUGGAGACCUCGAGGACGAGGAUGAAGUUCUCUCUUGGCUGACUGAUGAGAACACUCUAGAGAUCCCUGGAAAGAUCGAGGAAGUCAACGCUAAAAUGUUGGAGAACAUUCUUGAUGAAAAUGAUCAUGUUGUUGUAUUCUUUUAUAAAGAGGGAGACAAGAAGAGUCACAAAAUCCUCCAAGAACUGGAGAACAUCGACGACGAGUGUGAAGAAGAGGACAUUGAUUUCGUCAAAAUUUCUGACGAAGGAAUCGAGAAGGAGUAUGAUCUCCCUGGACUGCCAGCCCUUGCAUUUUAUCGUCACAAAUUUCGACAGAUUUACACUGGAGACAUGAUGCAUGAAGAGGCUAUUCUCGAUUGGGUAUUAGAGCUUCGGCGAUCGACUCCAGAUGUUAUCGAGAAUGUCGACAGGAAAACCCUUCAAGUAUUAAUUAACGAUGUAGAACACCUCGCUGUAUUUUUCUAUGAUGAACAUGAUGAAACGUGUCGUGAAAUUCUCGACGAAUUGGAAACAAUCGAUGAUGACACUGACAAAUAUGGGAUUCAAUUUGUCAAAUCAAACGACGCUAAACUCGCUGCUGAAAUUGGUAUUUUCUCGUUUCCAGCGCUAGUUUAUUACGAGACUGGUGUACCCAUCAUGUACGACGGUAAUCUUAAGAACGAGGACAAAGUUCUGGAAUGGCUAAUCGAGCAAAAAAGUAAUGAUGAUGGCGACGAAGACGAUAGUAAUGAAAACGGUGAUGAUGAUGAUGAUGAAAAUAAUGAAAAUAUUGAUAAUGAAAGUGACAAAGAUGAAGAUGAUGAUGAUGAUGAUGAUGAUGAUGAUGAUGAUGAUGAUGAUGAUGAUGAUGAUGAUGAUGAUGAUGAAAAUGAUGACGAAGACAAUGAUGAUGAAGAUGAUGAUGAUGAUGACGAAGAGCAGCGGAAAGCCCUCAAGAAAAUCCUUGAAAAAGGCGACGGCUGUUUCUACAUUGGAAUGGGUGGUAAAAGCGCGAAACCCACGAUACCCUCCUAUGAGCCCUACCAGUGCUGUCGCGCAAACGUCCCGAGUCCAACCAAGAUAGCCAAGGUCAACCGUGUCACUCAACAAACAACGAAGGUAUCAUCGCGCAGUACCAAGACACCAGUCCCCCCGGCCCUCAAACAAAUAAACAAACUCACCCCGAAGGAUACUAAAAAAAAUAUGAAAACCGCCAGUGAUUCGACUACCGGUAAAGCUACCAAGGGCAAGAGAGGAUUUUUUGGAAGCGUUGUCGCUGGCUUACCCUACCUCAUUAAGAUCUGAUUCAGACGUAUUCCACUAUCUGAUGGAGGAGUUUAUGAGUAGCAACAAUUUCCACUUCCGGUUUAUCGAUGAGAAUAAUUCAGCCCGGGGAAUAGGGGGUCAGAUAUAUUCAUUUAUUUUAUCAUUUUCAUUCGUUCUUCGUCGCCCAGUCAUUAUCGCAAGCAUGAUGAUUCGAUAGAAAUGAAAGAAAAGAAGGGAAAAAAUUGACAGAUUUAAAAAAAUGUUAAAUAUGAGUUUUGGGUUUUGAAGGAUCAUUUACAAUAUUUUGUGAAAUAUCGUUGCACUAAUUCAUGCAUUAUCAAAUAUUCGAUAUCACAAUUUUAUGCAUUAAUAUUAAACUAUUCACGCCAUUUAAUAUUUCGUCUCAAUUGUGAAAUUCUCAAUUCGUGUCUUGAGCGCAUUUUUUUCAUAUUCCGCAUUUUUUGUUUUGAGAAGAAAAUAGAUGUUGAUUAAUGUAAUAAACAGCCGCUGUACCGUCCAAUUUUUAUGCUAAAAUUAUUAAUUAAAUGAUUGAAAUGGUGAGAAGCAUGGAUGCUACAGCUAUUUCUAACAACAACGCCUGAGUUACUUAUUUUCUCUCCGUUAAAGUCCAUAACAAAUUAUCAUUAUCAUAAAUCGUUUGAACAUGAGCAUUCACAUGUAUUGCAAACUUUAAGUCAAGACAUUUAUACGAAUGUAUAUAUAAAAUAUAUAUUUAUAUAUGAAUUUGUUGGAACUAUUAAUUUAUUCUACUUGUAAAUGUAAAUUGUACAGCGGUUUUUGGUGAAGAAGGUCAACUGUUUGAUGUACGGAGAAAAAAUUUCAAUAAAAUAAAGAAAAGGAAAAGAGAA